GCGGCGGGGGCGCUCGGGCCCGGGCGGCGGCGGCAGGCGGAGCGGGGGGGGCCCGAGAGGGCGCGGCGGAGCCUGGCGGCGGCGGAGCGGCCUGGGGGCUCCCCCCGGCGUGCGCGGGCCGAGCGGGCCGGGCCGGCGGCCGCGGCGGGGCUAUGAUGCGCCCGCUGUGGGGCUCCGCACCCCCGUGUGUCCCCCAGGCAGGUCCGGCCCGCGGCUGAGAACCCCCCACCGGCGGUAUGGCCUCACAGCUGCAGGUGUUCUCCCCUCCGUCAGUAUCCUCGAGUGCCUUCUGCAGUGCCAAGAAACUGAAAGUGGAGCCCUCUGUCUGGGAUGUUUCAGGACAGAGCAGCAGUGACAAGUAUUACACCCACAGCAAAAACCUCCCAGCAGCUCAAGGGCAAGCCAGCUCCUCUCAUCAGGUAGCCAACUUCAGCAUCCCCGCGUACGAUCAGAACCUCCUUCUCCCCGCUCCCUCAGUCGAGCACAUUGUGGUCACGGCAGCCGACAGCACGGGCAGCAGCACAACCGCGUCCUUCCAGAACAGCCAAACCCUCACUCACAGGAGCAACGUUUCUUUACUGGAACCCUACCAAAAAUGUGGAUUAAAAAGGAAAAGUGAAGAGGUCGACAGCAACGGUAGUGUGCAGAUAAUUGAGGAACAUCCACCUCUCAUGCUGCAAAACAGACCUGCGGUGGGUGCUGCGGCCACAACCACCACGGUAACCACUAAAAGCAGCAGUUCCAGUGGUGAAGGGGAUUAUCAGCUGGUCCAGCAUGAGAUCCUGUGCUCUAUGACAAACAGCUACGAGGUCCUGGAAUUUCUGGGCCGAGGGACGUUUGGGCAGGUGGCGAAAUGCUGGAAACGUAGCACGAAGGAGAUUGUAGCCAUCAAAAUCCUGAAGAACCAUCCUUCCUAUGCUAGGCAGGGCCAGAUAGAGGUGAGCAUCCUCUCUCGCUUGAGCAGUGAGAAUGCUGAUGAAUAUAACUUUGUUCGCUCCUACGAGUGCUUUCAACACAAGAAUCAUACAUGCCUUGUAUUUGAGAUGCUAGAACAGAACUUGUAUGAUUUCUUAAAGCAAAAUAAGUUCAGUCCUUUGCCCCUGAAAUACAUCCGGCCGAUUCUGCAGCAAGUGGCCACUGCCUUGAUGAAGCUGAAGAGCUUGGGGCUGAUACACGCCGAUUUGAAACCAGAAAACAUCAUGUUGGUGGAUCCCGCGCGCCAGCCCUACCGAGUGAAGGUGAUCGACUUCGGUUCAGCCAGCCAUGUGUCCAAGGCCGUGUGUUCCACGUACCUGCAGUCGCGCUAUUACAGAGCUCCCGAAAUUAUUCUGGGUUUACCAUUCUGCGAAGCCAUAGACAUGUGGUCGCUGGGCUGUGUGAUCGCGGAGCUGUUUCUGGGCUGGCCGCUGUAUCCGGGAGCGUCUGAGUACGACCAGAUUCGUUAUAUUUCACAAACUCAAGGCCUUCCAGCGGAGUAUCUUCUCAGUGCGGGAACGAAAACAAGCAGGUUUUUUAACAGAGAUCCGAAUUUGGGAUACCCACUGUGGAGGCUGAAGACCCCUGAAGAACAUGAGUUGGAGACAGGUAUAAAAUCAAAAGAAGCUCGGAAAUAUAUAUUCAACUGUUUGGAUGAUAUGGCGCAGGUGAAUAUGUCUACAGACUUAGAAGGGACUGACAUGUUGGCAGAGAAGGCUGACCGAAGGGAAUACAUUGACUUGUUGAAGAAAAUGUUGACAAUUGAUGCAGAUAAGAGAAUUACUCCACUGAAGACUUUGAACCAUCCGUUCGUCACAAUGACACAUCUCCUGGAUUUCCCACACAGUAACCAUGUGAAAUCUUGCUUUCAGAACAUGGAGAUUUGCAAGCGAAGAGUUAACAUGUAUGAUACAGUGAAUCAGAUUAAGAGCCCGUUCACGACUCAUGUUGCUCCUAAUACAAGCACAAAUCUGACCAUGAGCUUUAACAACCAGCUCAACACAGUACACAAUCAGGCCAGUGUUUUGGCUUCCAAUUCUACUGCUGCUGCUACUCUUUCGCUGGCAAACUCGGAUGUCUCGCUGCUGAACUACCAGUCUGCCCUGUACCCAUCGUCUGCAGCGCCGGUUGCUGGAGUGGCACAGCAGAGCGUUUCCUUGCAGCCCGGAACCACCCAGAUCUGCACGCAAACUGACCCGUUCCAGCAAACGUUCAUCGUUUGUCCCCCUGCUUUUCAAACCGGACUCCAGGCAACUACAAAGCAUUCUGGGUUCCCCGUGAGGAUGGAGAAUGCUGUCCCGAUCGUACCACAAGCACCUGCAGCGCAGCCACUGCAGAUCCAGUCCGGAGUGCUCACACAGGGAAGCUGUACACCACUAAUGGUAGCAACUCUUCAUCCUCAAGUAGCCACCAUCACGCCGCAGUAUGCGGUGCCCUUUACUCUGAACUGCGCAGCCGGCCGGCCGGCGCUAGUCGAACAGACGGCUGCAGUACUGCAGGCCUGGCCGGGGGGAACCCAGCAGAUUCUCCUUCCUUCCACCUGGCAGCAGCUCCCGGGGGUUGCUUUGCACAACUCUGUUCAGCCAGCGGCUGUGAUUCCGGAGACGAUCGGCGGCAGCCAGCAAUUAGCUGACUGGAGGAAUACACAUUCCCAUGGAAAUCAGUACAGCACCCUCAUGCAACAGCCUUCGCUACUGACCAACCACGUGACAUUAGCUACAGCGCAGCCUCUGAACGUUGGGGUUGCUCAUGUUGUUCGGCAGCAGCAAAGCAGCAAUGUGCCAACCAAGAAGAACAAGCAGCCGGCCCCCAGCGCAGCCAAGCCCAGCUCAACUCUAGAGACCGUGCCCUCCCAAGUUUACUCGCUCAUUGGGAGCAGUCCCCUGCGCUCCACCUCCUCCUCUUCCAACGUGCUCGUCCCUGUGCAGGAGCAGCACCAGCCCAUUGUGAUCCCAGACACUCCAAGCCCACCUGUCAGUGUCAUCACCAUCCGCAGCGACACUGAUGAGGAAGAGGACAGCAAAUACAAACCUGCCAGUUUGGGCAUGAAGCAGAGAUCCAAUGUCAUCAGCUACGUGACUGUUAACGACUCCCCUGAUUCCGACUCCUCCCUGAACAGCCCCUACGCCACAGACCCCCUUUCCUCUCUCAGGAGUACGGGCAGUGCCCUGGAGCAGAGCAGAGGAGCGGCUGACAGCUCCAGCUCUCGGACCAUCAUCGUGCCACCGCUGAAAACACAGCUCAAUGACUGCAUCGUCGCUACCCAGGCUUCAGGCAUCCUGAGCAGCACCAGUAAGACCAAACCAGUGGCCUCUGUGAGUGGGCAGUCGUCAGGAUGCUGCAUCACGCCGACUGGGUACCGCUCGCACCGCGUGGUGACAAAUGGUGUGCAGCCCCUCAAUCUCAGCCAGAACCAGCAAACGACAGUGCUGGCCUCACAGGAGAGAAGUGGAAACGCCGUCCCCCGUAGGCAGCAGGCUUACGUGGCGCCCCUCACGUCAACUAUUUCUCAGGCUCCCUACACGUUUCAGCACAGCAGCCCGGUGCAUCCCCACCUGGCCACGGCCAACGCGCACCUCUCCAGCCAGCCCCACAUGUACACGUACGCUCCGACCACGGCGGCCACGCUGGGCUCCACCACCUCCAUCGCCCACCUCUUCUCCCCUCAGGGCUCCUCGCGACACGCCACGUACGCUGCCCACCCCAGCACGCUCGUCCACCAGGUCCCCGUUAGCGUCGGCCCGAGUCUGCUCACCUCCGCAAACGUCCCGCCUGCCCAGUACCAACACCAGUUUGCUCCCCAGUCCUAUAUUGGUGCUUCCAGAGGAUCUGCUAUUUACACUGGAUACCCGCUGAGCCCUACGAAGAUCAACCAGUACUCGUACUUGUAGUUCCUACUAAAGCACUGUCCUGCUAUAGGCCCGAGAGAGCGGAGAAGGAUUUCAGGUGAACCUUUGCCUGGUAAUGACUGCCCGGUUUUCGUUUCUCCUUGAUCUGGUUGUGUGUUGUUCAAAAAUGUCUCUAGUGAGUUCAGUCACUAACUGAGCAGCAUGCUUUGUUACCAGUACGAGGGUCACUAAUUAAGUUUUUAAAGAUUUUGAUUACUUUUUAUAGAUGCUUUUAAAAAGUUCAUGGUUACGUUUAUUUAAAAUUGUUCUGUUGUGCUAAUCGAUAGGAGAAAGACAAUUAGUGUCUGGGAAGACAGAUCCUGAUGACUUUUUUUAACUUGUGUAACUUAAACAAAAAGACUAGCAGAUUAUAUUUUAGCAGCUUGCACAAAUCCAUGUUGCCACUAAAAAAGUAAUGCACGUUUAUCUCAUUGUGUUGCUGGGGCAGUUUUAAAAUCAAGUUUAAUACUUUAACUUUUGUUCUCUAAUACACUUUGUCUCUAACAAA